AUGAACUUUCUUACACCGACAAACCACCAACAACUCCCCUCGUCAAACAAACCAGCAGCAAAUCCUGACGCCGCAGUCUGGGAAUCAGCAAUCCUCGCACUACGCCGACAAAGCAGCAUUCCACUCUUGGACAAGAAGGUGCAAACAUGGCGCGACGGGUUUGAAGAGGCAGAGUACCGGGACGUCCACCAUCUCGUCCAGGAGCACCGCUUACCACGGGACGCAACACGGCAAACCCAAAGCUGGCUACGGGAGGCCCGUACGUUGGAGACCGAGGCAAAGAAUUGCGGACAUAAACCUACAAGGAUCCUGUACGCUGGUAUUGUGCAGGACUGCGAGGCAGAACUGCAUUGUCUUCGGAACCAGUUCGUCAUCAAGACGUUUCGGUUUGAACGUAUUCCGCAUAACCUUGCGAAAUUACGGCGAUGGAUUGGUCGUAGCGAGGAGAAUCCAGCAACAAGUACCACGGGAAUUUCUCUAAAUACUACCACGAUUGAAAACAAACCGUUAGGAAGGACCAUAUCGCUUCCAUCCCUCGGCAAACCGCGACCGCUCAGCCUUGAGCUCGUAAGGGGAGCCAUGGAAAUACCAGACGAGAUCGACGGCCCGGACGCAAUGGACGACGAGAACGAAGAACAAGAAGAGGAAAAAACAAAGGAGAAGGAAGAUUACACCUGCUCUGACCAAGAGUGGGCUCAUUGUCUGGAAGACUGGAGUCGACGCCAAGAAGACUGGGCUCGCCGCGAGGAGGAGCAGGAGAGCCAGCGGCUGCAGCUGGCGAUGAGAUACAAGUACCCGGUCAACAUGCGCAGAGCCAAAACACAGUACUUGCGGGCCAUGGAGAGGCAGGAGUGGGAGCAGGAGAAGGGGGUGUGCGACUUUGCUGGUCAUGAUCGUUUCUCGUGGGCCUCGGUGUAG